GGGGCGGCGCUCAUGCCAUCAUGACACAGAGAGCACUCGCCUCUUUUUUUUCCCCCCAUUAAAGAGGCCAACUCACAUCUAACUUUAUCCAGUCUCCAGGAGCUGCGACUGCAACAUUUUUUGGGUUUUUUUUUCUUUUUUGGGUUUUUUUUUUUUUUUUUUUUUUGUCCUCUUCUCAACUCGUCUUCGAGCUUUGUAGUGUCCUGGUAAUUUUGUGGGCACUAGUUAAUGAGCAUUAAUCCACCACCCCUGGAUGCCAUUGUCGCAGCGGGGUUUCCAUUUGAAUGCAAAUGCGUUAAAGGGUGGCAGCAAGGUGCUUAUUAAACUGAUGUGUCCUCCUGUCUUUUCUGCUGGAAGAACAAGAGAGUGAACUGGAAGGAAGAAGUCGGAUAUCCCGGGAGUUGCUGCUGGCCACAAAGUUGUGUUUGGCUGCAGAGAGGAAGAAAAGAAGCCGGCAAAUGUCAAGCGCCGGAGCCCUGGAGACGGUGAUGUCCUGCGGUAGGACCGGAGCCUCCGCGGCACCCAAGACACUUGCCUUCUCCAUCGACCGAAUCAUGUCCAAGAGCUCGGAGCCGAAAGGGAGCGCGGAGGCGCGGACCGAGUUGCUCGGGCUCUGCUCCCCGAUCCCCUGCGUGAUUCCACUGCAGCCUUUCGGCUACGACCUCCAGGCCAAGGCCCUGAUGAACUACUCGGAGCUCUGGAGAGCCAGUCUCAGGGGAGGUUUGCCGUGCAAGGGGAACUGCGGCGUGUGCGCUAAGACAGACUCCGGGCCGAAGCAGCCGACGGGAAGCAGGGUGGUGAGACCGCAGGUGAUCCACCAGGCUGUCGCCAUGCCGAGCGGCGGCUCCCUAUAUUAUCUCAAUUACCUGGACUCCUCUUACCACCAGUCGGACUUUCUGGCCGGACGCUGGCUCGCCAGCCCGCAGGCGCAGGCCUCCCUCUCGGCGCACCACAGACUCUUGCUCCUGGAGAACGCCAAACUCACCGGGAGCGCGGGGGCCGACAAGAGUCCCGCACAGCAGUAUCCUCACAAGGAGCAUCUUCCGGGGCAGCUGGACCACAUCGUGAAGGAGAACCACAGCGCGAGCGCCGAAAAGAACGCCUUCAAGACUCACAAACACAGCAGCGCUGGAGACGGGAAACCCAAACAUUUCACAUGCGAAGUGUGUGGAAAGGUUUUUAAUGCUCACUACAAUCUGACCAGACACAUGCCGGUGCACACGGGGGCCCGUCCGUUCGUGUGCAAAGUAUGCGGGAAAGGCUUCCGACAGGCCAGCACGUUGUGCAGACACAAGAUCAUCCACACCCAGGAAAAACCACAUAAAUGCAACCAGUGUGGAAAAGCGUUCAACAGAAGCUCCACACUGAACACACACGUUCGGAUCCACGCCGGGUACAAACCUUUCGUGUGUGAGUUCUGCGGGAAAGGCUUCCACCAGAAAGGUAACUACAAGAACCAUAAACUGACUCACAGUGGGGAGAAGCAGUACAAGUGCUCCAUCUGCAACAAGGCCUUCCAUCAGAUCUACAAUUUGACCUUCCACAUGCACACGCACAACGACAAGAAGCCGUUCACGUGCGCCACCUGCGGAAAGGGCUUCUGCCGCAACUUCGACCUGAAGAAACACAUCAGGAAACUGCACGACAGCUUCUCUUCAGAUAGAGAACCCAGAGAGCUCCAGAGCUGAAUCGCUCUCCUAAAUCUCCACACGCGUUCCACCCGGACGAUGAGCGAGCGCCUUAUAAUAUGCUCUAUAUGUGUCACCGAGAUGAACAGCCGUGAAUGGUCCAGACAGACGGUCGGAGACCCUCCGGAGUUACACGCGAUCCCCUUUGGCACUCCUGUUCAGGCAAUAUAGACUCAACACUGACUGUCAUAAGGAUU